UUCCCCCCCCCCACCCCCCAUAUUUUAUUUUUUUUUUUAUCUGUGUGUGUGCGUGCGCGGGUGUGUGUUUGUUUCUGCAUGAAAAGAGGGGGAUCGGAAGAGGAGUCCUGCGUGGAAACUCUGCGGCGGCGGGCGGCGAGGCGGCGGCGGCGGCGGCAGCAAUGCCGCGGAGAAAGCAGCAGGCACCCCGGCGCUCCGCAGCAUAUGUUCCUGAGGAAGAAUUGAAAGCAGCAGAAAUAGAUGAAGACAGCGUGGAAGAUGAUGGGCUGUCUCUGGACAUCCAGGAGAAUGAGUAUUUGUGCAAUGAAGAAGCGGAGAUCAAAGAGGCUCAAAGCUACCAGAACUCCCCAGUCAGCACUGCAACUAAUCAGGAUGCAGGCUAUGGUUCGCCGUUUAGUGAAAACAGCGAUCAGCUGGCCCAUUUCAAAAGCACUUCCUCUAAAGAAGAGAAAGAGGAUCCUCAGUGCACAGACAAUGUUUCCUAUCCACAGGACAGCCUGGCACAAAUAAAAGCUGUGUAUGCAAAUUUGCUUUCAGAGACUUGCUGGUCCAGUUUAGCUUUGGACUUAAAAAAAUCCAAUCCAACCACCAGCAACAAUGGAAUCAGCCAGAAUGAAAACACAACUAGUACUGACACCAAUGCCAAUUCCCAGAGUACUUGUACUACCAGUAGCAACACUAGUACCAGUACAACCACCAGUAGUACUAGUACCAGUAAUAGUAACAGUGGUGGCUCGGGUUACGACUGGCACCAAGCUGCAUUAGCUAAAACUCUGCAACAGACCUCAUCAUACGGACUUCUCCCAGAGCCGAGUCUCUUCAGCACAGUACAGCUCUACCGGCAGAACAAUAAACUCUAUGGGUCUGUGUUCACCGGUGCCAGCAAGUUCCGAUGCAAAGACUGCAGUGCAGCCUACGACACGCUGGUGGAGCUAACAGUGCACAUGAAUGAAACUGGACAUUACCGUGAUGACAACAGAGAUAAAGAAGCUGAUAAGACCAAGCGGUGGUCAAAGCCUAGGAAACGAUCGCUUAUGGAAAUGGAAGGCAAAGAGGAUGCCCAGAAAGUGCUGAAGUGCAUGUACUGUGGGCAUUCGUUUGAGUCUUUGCAAGACCUCAGUGUCCAUAUGAUAAAAACAAAGCAUUACCAGAAAGUGCCUCUGAAGGAGCCAGUACCAGCCAUCACCAAAUUGGUCCCUUCUACCAAAAAGCGAGCACUUCAGGACUUGGCUUCGCCUUGUUCACCUGAACCAACAGGGAUCACGGCAGAAACUUCACUGGGUGAGUCUGCAAAGGAUCAGAAAACUGCCAACCCCUACGUGACUCCGAACAACCGCUAUGGCUAUCAAAAUGGUGCUAGCUACACUUGGCAGUUUGAGGCACGCAAAGCCCAAAUACUGAAAUGCAUGGAAUGUGGCAGUUCCCAUGAUACUUUGCAGCAGCUCACUGCUCACAUGAUGGUCACUGGUCAUUUCUUGAAGGUGACCAAUUCUGCUUCCAAAAAAGGCAAGCAGCUAGUGUUGGACCCAGUGGUGGAGGAGAAAAUACAGUCUAUACCUCUUCCACCCACCACCCAUACAAGGCUACCAGCUUCCAACAUUAAAAAGCAGCCCGAUUCCCCAGCGGGCUCCACAAACUCAGAAGAAAAGAAAGACCUAGAGAAGGAAAAGCUGGUGGUCACUGAAACAGAGAAAAAGAUUAAAGAAGAGAGUGAGGACUCUACAGAGAAAUUUGAGCCAACAACUUUGUAUCAGUACCUCAGAGAGGAGGACCUAGAUGAUAGUCCUAAAGGUGGAAUAGACAUAUUGAAAUCCCUGGAGAACACAGUGACAACAGCCAUCAGCAAAGCCCAAAACGGAGCCCCUUCCUGGGGAGGAUACCCCAGUAUUCAUGCAGCUUACCAGCUCCCAGGAACAGUCAAACCCCUUCAGCCCGCGGUGCAGAGCGUUCAAAUGCAGCCGUCCUACGCAAGCAGUGUGAAAUCACUGUCGUCAGAACACAACGCACUCAUCCAUUCCCCGGGCAAUCUCACACCCCCACCUCACAAGAGUAAUGUAUCUGCUAUGGAGGAACUGGUGGAGAAAGUUACAGGUAAAAUCAAUGUGAAGAAGGAAGAAAAGCCUUUGGAGAAGGAGAAGAGUUCUCCAGUUAAACCCAUGUCACCUGCUGCUAAAGAAAACAAGGACUUCCCAAAAGCAGAAGAAAUAAAUAACAAACAGCAGCCAAAGAAGAGCUCUGAGUCUGAAGUUCAGAAGGUCAAAAAGGAUAGUCCAGCAGAAGCACAUACGCCAAAUGGUACAGAGCCACUUAAAACAAAGGUUGCAAAUGGCUGUAACAAUUUAGGAAUUAUCACAGAUCAUUCACCUGAGCCAUCCUUCAUUAAUCCAUUGAGCGCUUUACAGUCCAUUAUGAAUACCCACUUAGGCAAAAUUUCUAAGCCGGUAAGCCCCUCUCUGGACCCUUUGGCCAUGCUGUACAAAAUUAGUAACAGCAUGUUGGACAAACCCAUUUACCCAACCACUCCAGUCAAGCAGGCUGAUGCUAUUGACAGGUAUUACUAUGAGAACAGUGAUCAACCUAUUGAUUUAACUAAGUCCAAAAACAAACCUCUUGUUUCCAAUGUGGCUGACUCUGCCUCGUCCCCGCUGAGGGAGAGUGCCCUGCUGGAUAUUUCCGAUAUGGUGAAGAACCUCACGGGGCGUUUGACACCCAAGUCUUCAACUCCCUCUACCGUGUCAGAGAAGUCUGAUGCUGAUGGGAGCAGUUUUGAGGAAGCUCUGGAUGAACUGUCACCAGUACACAAGAGGAAGGGCAGGCAGUCCAACUGGAACCCUCAACAUCUUCUGAUCCUUCAAGCCCAGUUUGCUUCCAGCUUGAGGGAGACCCCAGAAGGCAAAUACAUUAUGUCGGACCUAGGUCCACAAGAGCGGGUACACAUCUCUAAGUUUACUGGUCUUUCCAUGACCACAAUUAGCCACUGGCUGGCCAAUGUGAAGUAUCAGUUAAGGAGGACAGGUGGAACUAAAUUUUUAAAGAACUUGGACACAGGACAUCCUGUUUUCUUUUGCAAUGAUUGUGCCUCUCAGUUCAGGACUGCUUCUACAUACAUAAGUCACUUAGAGACACACCUAGGGUUUAGUUUGAAGGAUCUGUCAAAGUUACCACUUAAUCAGAUUCAAGAACAGCAGAAUGUUUCAAAAGUCCUCACAAACAAGACUUUGGGCUCACUUGGAAUUGCCGAGGAGGACUUAGGCUCCACAUUCCAAUGUAAGCUCUGUAACCGAACUUUUGCAAGCAAGCAUGCAGUCAAACUGCACCUUAGUAAAACACAUGGCAAGUCCCCAGAGGACCAUCUGAUCUAUGUAACGGAGUUAGAAAAACAAUAGUGUCCAGGUAAGCAGCCAGGUAUGCAAGUGACCACAGGAACAUUGCACUAAACUUCUUCAUAGUACUGCACUAGGCCUGACCUGAGCCUCUGAAAUCAGUCUUACUUUUGUUGCUGAACUGCCUAUCUGGACCUUGGUUUUUCUUACACUUAUUUUGUAGUUAUAUUUAUAUGCUCUUUGUCUGAUCUGUGCAUGGUUAUUUUUUUGUUUCUGUUUUUAUUUUUUGUGAGUCAAAGUCUGACCUUUAUUUUCAACAUCUGUCCUUGAUGUUAAACUAUCUUUUGUAGAAUAUAGUGGGAGACACUAUUGAGAGACAUUAAUUUAGCCGUAAAGAAAGACACAAAGAACAAUGAUAAAGAGACAUCCUAAAAUUACAAAGUUGCCAUGACAAUAAAGGUCACAGAACCUGGUAGUGUCAAGUUUUAACCCUCUGAGAACUGUAAUAGCAUUUCUGUGCCUUUCCCAGUGACUAAAUAAGUAAAUAAGGAAAAACAAAACAAAAUAAAAGGCUUAAAGGCAUUUCAUUCAAAUAAGAGCUGUGUCGGAAGCAGGACUUUUUUUUUUUUUAAUGAAUGAGCUUCCUUUUUUUUUUUUUUAAUGCAGAACAGGUUUGUGAAGAUAUUGUGCAUGCAGUCCUUGAAAGAAGGAGAGCUGUGUAGUACUCAAGGGGUUAGGAAGCCACAACUGUAUAAGUCAAAUAAUAAUUAAAAAAAACAAACCAAGUUGCCACUAUGCCCAAACCCUCUGGAUGCUGAGAAUUGCCACUCUUUGGCAAAAGGAAAAAAAAAAAAGUAUGCAAGCUGUUAUUUAAAACAAAUGUAAAAAUGCUCUUUCCUUUCCUUUAUUUUUUUUUCCUGUAAAAUACUGCAGUUUAUAGUUAUUUACAAAUGUUAAGCUUUGGUACAAGCUGACCUUUCUAUAGUGUGCUGCAUUGGUAAAUGAAAACAAAAAAAAUGGGGCAAAUGUUGGAUUCUGUUCCUUGUAAAUUGCCAGCAUCAGCUUAAAAAAAUACAUGUUACAUAUCGUACCAUUUUAAACUGUUCAACUUUCUUUGUACCUUCUGGCUGUAUGCUUUCUCUUUUAACUUUUUAUAUUGUCAUUUUAUAUUCGAUUUCUGUGUAUAUAAUGUAAAACCACACUUUUUGAAUAAAAUUUAGUUCCUGCAGCUUGAUAUAAAUAGAGGAAUUUUACUGGCACCUGCAUCUUUCCAGAUGCAUGUACUUAAAGGAACUAUCUGACAAAAAAAAUAAAUAAAUAAAAAUAAAGCAAGCAAUGCACUAUGAAUUAUACAUUUUGAUGUUUUAUCAUUAAUAUUGUACAGUACAUUUUGGUUCACACAAUUAAAUCCACUGUUUUCUCAAGUGUAAAAUAAACCCACAUGCAGUUCUUGAUUUA